AUGUCGGAAACUGCAAAAUUAAUCGAAUUAAUGCAAUUGCAAAUUGCAAAUCAGCAAAAACAAAUGGAAGCUCAAGCGGCAGCUCAUCAAGAACAAAUGAAGGCUCUUCUCCAUACAAUGUCUUUUUCAGAAUCAGGAACUGCACGUUUUACUUCUACAUUACCUUCAGUACCUGUUUUCGAACCAUUUGAUUCUACAAGUGAAUUGUGGCCUGACUACUACGAUAGAUUUUUGACAUUUUUUGGUGCACAUAAUGUUAAUGACGAUAGAAAGGCUCAAAUUUUCCUAAUUAAUCAAUCUAAGGAUGUUUACCGGUUACUGGGAAAUUUGGCAAAACAGCAGAAUCCACCCAAGCAAAUUAAUGAUCUUAGCAUGGAUGAAAUUGUAAAUUUCAUGAAGACGCAAUAUGACCCCAAACGAUUUGUUGUACACGAACGCUUCAAGUUUUGGAGUGAUAUGCGCAGAAAGCCAGGUGAAACGCUACAGGAGCUUGCGGCACGUAUUCGCCAAGAUGCUGCCACCUGUGGUUUUGCAUCCAUCAAAGAUCCUCAGGAUGAAGCACUCAGAUCUCGUUUUAUUUGUUCUGUAAACAAUGAGGCAGUGCUUAAAGCCCUUUUUAAGGUCAAGGAAGACGAACUGGAUUUUGCUAGGGCUAUUGAAAUUGCCACAGAAACAGAGGAUGCAGCUAAAGUGGCUAAAGACACGGUUUAUGGGGCUAGACCAAAAUCUGUACACAAGGUCGCUCUACGGCCCUCUAACAAAGCAAUGGAAAACAAGUUCAAGACAGGCAAAUCAGCUUGUUACCGCUGUGGUGUUGAAACCCACCAAGCACCACAAUGCCGUUUCAAGGACUCAGAAUGCCACUUCUGCGGAAUUAAAGGACACAUCUCGAAGGUAUGCAGAAAGAAAAAUUCUGCAACUAUUAAAAGCUCAAAGACGCCGGUAAAACUCAUCCAUGAAAUCAAAGCAGUGAAUGAAAGAUCCUUGCCAAAGCUGGAAGUACCUAUCAAGAUCCAAGGGCAAACAUGCACAAUGGAACUGGAUACUGCAACGAAUGGGAACUUCAUUUCAAAGCAGACAUGGAAGGAUUUGGGAAGUCCAAAUCUUCAGAAGCCUGAUUUACACUAUGAAUCAGCAAGUAAACAUAGUUUACCAAUCAUUGGUACGUUCGUCGCCAAAACGUCAACACAGGAGUCAGAGGAGACACGUGAUAUCAAGUAUACAGUGUCAGAAAUCCCAGAACUUAACCUAUUGGGACGAACUGCUACUAAGGAGCUGGGCAUCUCUGUAGACCAAGCACUCAACGAUGUCGAAUCAUGUCAUGCAGUCUUUAGCAAUCUAAAGGCCGACAUCAAACUACAGGAGAAAUGCAAGAAAUUGUGCAAUGAAUUUAAAGAUUUAUGGAAACCGGAAUUAGGAUGCCUCAAGGACUAUGAACUCGAAGUAAAGUUUAAGCCCAAUGUCCAGCCUAUCUUCAGGAAAGCACGGCCAGUUCCAUUUGCCAUGGAAGCUGAUUUGGAAGAAGAAUACCAGAAGGGUAUAACAAAAGGAGUAUGGGAAGCCACACAAUUUUGUCAAUUUGGGACUCCAGUGGUUCCUAUCAAGAAGGCUGUGCUCCCAGGACAAAAUAAACCCAAGAUCAGAGUCUGUGGGGAUUAUUCUGUCACAGUCAACCAUCAACUGGAGGAACAUCGACACCCGCUUCCUCUCCCCGAAGAUCUUAUGAGAAGAUUGGGAGGAGGAUAUGGAUUCACCAAAAUUGACUUGGCAGAUGCAUAUAACCAAAUCAAGCUUGCGCCGGAAAGUCAACGAAGACUAGCACUUAGCACUCAUAAGGGAGUGCUUUUGCAGAAAAGACUUCCAUUUGGUAUCAAAUCUGCCCCCGGAUACUUUCAACAGAUCAUGGAUCAGCUCACCGUAGACCUUCCUGGUGUGGCUACCUAUCUGGAUGACAUCCUUGUAAGCGGUAUUGAUGCUGAGGACCACCUGAGCAAUCUUCGGCGUUUGCUCCAAAGACUGCAAGACAAAGGUCUCCGUUGUCGACAGGAAAAAUGUCACUUUGCCCAGCCAUAUGUUGAGUAUUUGGGACAUCUACUGUCACAACAAGGAAUCGCAAAAGGUCCUAAGGUAGAUGCUGUUCUUAAAAUGACAGCUCCUACAAACGUUUCAAGUCUUAAAGCUUUCUUAGGAUCUGUCCAGUUCUAUGCCAAAUUCCUACCAUCAGAACUAGCUACAAUAGCAGAGCCUUUGUACAAGCUGACAAAGAAGACGGUCAAGUGGAAAUGGCAACAAGAACACCAAAAGUCUUUCCAACGUCUGAAAGACUUGCUUUCUUCAGAGAAUGUCCUGGUUCAUUUUGAAGAGAAACACAUCCUAGGUCUGGCAUGCGACGCUUCAAACGUUGGAAUUGGAGCCGUAUUAUUUCAUCGUUUUCCAGAUGGAAGCGAGCGCCCAAUUGCCAAUGUCUCCAAAACUCUCACAGAAAGUCAAAGGAACUAUAGCCAAAUCCAAAAAGAAGCCCUGGCAAUUGUGUUUGGAUUGAAGAAGUUCUACCAGUACCUAUUUGGACGGAAGUUUGUACUGGUCACAGAUCAUCGACCACUGUUAGCCUUAUUUGGGCCUGGAAAAGAUGUUCCUCUAAUGGCUGCUAACCGACUGGCUCGUUGGGCUCUAAUGUUAAGCCAAUUCAACUACAAGAUUGAAUUCAGGAAGACUAAGGAUCACGCUAAUGCUGACGCUCUCAGUCGUCUACCUCUGCAGGAAGAUUCACAAUUUGAUGAGGAGGAAAGUGUAGAUGACACAUUAAUGGUCUGCCAGAUACAGACAAUUGACGAGAAAGUCACUCCAGCAGAACAAGGAUCUCUUGCAAGAGAGUCAGCAAAGGAUCCAAUAAUCUCAAUGGUAAUGAGAUUCAUUCGAGAAGGCUGGCAACCAAAGAAGAACGAUGAAGGAACGGAAAUGCACAGAUUCCGACAGGUUGCUACUUUACUGUCCAUAUGUAAUGGUUGUUUAGUCCAUGGGUCGAGAGUGGUGAUUCCAGCAAGCAUGAGAAGAAACGUUCUGGGACUUCUUCACCUAGGACACUUUGGAAUGCAGCGAAUGAAGCAACUGGCUCGCACGGCUGUCUAUUGGCCAAACAUCGAUGAGGAUAUUGAGGCCACAUGCAGACACUGCAUACCUUGCGGUCAGCAUCAGAACAGACCAGCCAAACCUGCAAUUCACCCAUGGAUGCUUCCAGAGAAACCCUGGAGCAGAUUACACCUUGACCAUGCGAUCAACUUCAUGGGUACAAACUGGUUGCUGCUUACAGAUGCAUAUUCUAAAUACCCAUGCAUCCAUCCAACACAGUCCGUUUCAGCCAAAGCUACGGUUGACCUAUUGGAGCAGGACUUUGCGCAUUUCGGUUACCCACACACCUUAGUAACAGAUAACGCUUCUGCAUUCAUGUCAGUCGAAUUCCAGACUUGGUGUAAGGAGCGAGGCAUUGUCCAUCUCACCGGAGCUCCAUACCAUCCUGCCACUAAUGGAGCAGCUGAACGACUUGUGCAAACUUUCAAGCAGGCACUCAAGAAGUCAAGUCUUCCUCCCAGAAAAGCCCUGCAAGAAUUCCUUAUGCAGUUUCGCAGAACUCCCAACUCCAGUAGGUAUUCUCCGAGUGAACUGCUGAAUUCACGUCAAAUUAGAACCAAGAUUGAUACUCUAUUACCAUCUCCAGCGCAUACAGCCCAGGGAAAACAAGCUAGAGAGGCUACCAAAUCCCAGCAGAAAGAGAUUAUCUCUAAAGUAGUAAGAUCUUACAAAGUCGGAGAUCCUGUCUACGCCCUCUACUUUGGUCCUAGAAGAGACAAAGAAGGUCGUUGGGUGCCAGCUGUAAUCAUCAAGCGCAAAGGCUCUCGAUCUUUCAAUGUUCGAGUACAGCCAAAAGGCCCUACUUGGAGACGACACCUUGAGCAGUUGCAGCCGCGUUAUGCUUCAGUAGAAGAUGAUGAUCCCGGAGUUCCUCCUUCGCCGUCUACAGAAAGAGCAACUCCACCUCUGACAAGCGCUGCUACUUCCGUGGAACUGCCAGGAUCUGCCACCGAAAGAAGGCCAGCUACACCAGAGUACGGUCCUCACAAACCACGAAGAUCAAAACGGGCCCCUAAGCCUAAGAAGAUGUUCUCGCCUUCGCCUUGA